AUGAACCCGAACAGGACCAAUGAUGCUCUGCACCUGCAUUCCCAGGAACAAGCAGUUCACGGAGAGGCUAACAGCAGCUCGGUUCAUUCCAUACACUUCGCCGUCUACGUGGAUACCUUCCACGCCAUGGCGCUCGCUACAGCUGCUGCCCUGCUCCGCCGCUCCAGUGCCUCCUCUGUCUCCUCGGCUGCUGACGUCAUGGGUGCUAUGCGACUCGGUGCCUCUGCUCUGCUGCAGCAUCGUGCAGCCUUCAGCAGCAGCAGCAGCAGCAGCCAGCCCACUGCCAUAGACAUGGCGUGGCCAGCUAGCCUGCAGAAGGCGCGGUCGUGGGAUGAUGGCGUGGCUACCAACUUCGCCACCUCCUCCCUUGCUGACGUCUUCAAGGGCCGCAAGGUGGUGAUCUUCGGUGUGCCUGGUGCGUUCACAGGAGUGUGUUCCAAGGCACACGUGCCUGGGUACCUGGCAGCACUGCCUGAGCUGAAGGCCAAGGGUGUGGAUGCGGUGCUCUGCACGGCUGUGAAUGACCCCUACACACUGCACGCCUGGGCCAACCAGCUGCAGGCACACGACAAGAUUGACUUCUAUGCUGAUUUUGAUGGUUCUUUCCAUCGCCAUUUGGGCCUUCAGUUUGACUGCUCAGGAGCGCUUUUGGGGAUGCGCUCAAACCGGUGGGCUGCGGUGGUGGAAAACGGUGUAAUCAAGACCCUCAAAGUUGAGGAAAAUCCAGGGGAAUUGCAGGUCAGCAGGGACAUACUUACAUCACUUCAGUAA